GCCCGUCCCGGCGAGGGAGUGAGAGAUGGGCCCCUCACAAUAUACAGAAUGCUCGCGUCUGAUUUGCGAUCUGCUUCACGCGCGGUAUGGCUACCCCAGCUCCAGAAGAGCGGUACUCCACCCAGGGCAGGCAAUCCUUCAGUGUUGCAUGGCGGCACCUAUCGCAACCGCGAUUGCCAGCGCAUGGUAGGUGCUGACAACUGCGCACGCACGCCCUAUCCGGGCACGUUUCCCACCAUCGCGGCUUCCACAGUCACUGACGGACAGGAAAAUUUUUCUCCUGCAAUCAUCAGCCCAGGGACGGUCCUCCUAUUAAACCCUGCUCUCUCCUGGCCAUCAGCGGGAUUUUCCAGUUCACUGCCCCUUCACCACUGA